ACCAGAAUAAUGUGGACACCGUCGAGGAGCUCAUUGGACAGGACUUCCAUAUUUACAAAUCAAUGGUUCCAUUCUAUGUGGACAUGACUUCCCGGAUGAUUGUGGCGCCGGGUAUAGAGGUGGAGGACCUGAUGGCUCUGCCCAUCCCUCGCAAAGUGAACGCUCAGGAUCUCAAACUCGAAUCGUAUGAAUACAUUACUAACGAAGACUAUAACGCUAUCGAAGAAAGUGAUAAAAAGAAAGUUAUGGAGUAUUUGAAGGUCUGUUCAACGGUAGCCAAUAAAAUCAAGAAUAACUUCGAUUCAGACAGAAGUGAAUCCAAGAAUUUUGAAAUAAACGACGAUUUGAUUCACGAAUACAACAAAGACAUCGACACUAAAGAAGAUCACGUUUUGUUGAAAGUGUUUAAUGAAAUCUCGAAGAAGUCUGUGGACCAGAACCAGAAUCUCGUGGACGGAAAGCUCAAUGACUUUGUGUCAGAUUUGCUGCAAAAACCAGAAUACGAUCUGUCGUUGGAUAUGAUAAACCGGGUCUCGAAGAACGAGCGCCUCAUCAGAACUCUUGUGGAUAUUGUCAGCGAAAACAAUGUCCCGAAGAAAGAGAUCAAAGUAUUGGAAAUUAAUUUCAAUAAAAAUAUUUUCGCCGAAGAGAUCGACAAUCAUUUGGCGUCUGCGGCCAUAUAUCCGAUUGACGUCGACUACAAUAUAGCCGUCAAAUCGACGUCUAAUGUGAAGGAAGACGUGAGGAAGUCAUUCAAAGUGACCGAAUGGGACGUCGAGAAGUCGAGUUUCCCGGUGGACGUGACCCUGGCCAAUUUGGUCGUAUUCAACGACUCGCAAGACUUGUGGGACUUAAGUCUCGCCGAUUUCCUGCAGGAGUUAUACGACUGUAUUUCGAGCAAAGGUUUCCUGAUCUCUGUCUUCCGCUAUCGACUCACAGAACCGGAGCUCGCGUUGAAUGCAUUGAAAGGCAAAAACAAUGUCAACGAAAGAGAUCUAAUUAAACGGAUCAACGAUUUCGCCAAAGAGGCCGAAAGCGUGGGAUUCAGUGUCAUCAGCAGUAAGUCGGACUCAAUCGGUACGACCGCUCUGUUGUUCAGAAAGAUCGCCACUAAAGAGCCGGAACUGCCGGACGACAAGAAUGUCAUUGAGAUUAAUGACAAAACCGAGCAAUGGUUUGAGACAAUUAAACAGAAACUCUUGGAUCAGAAGGAGAGUGAGAGGAAUGAUGAAGAGAUUUGGCUGAUCGCCAACGACUCGUCUAAGAACGGAAUCGUUGGUCUCAUUAAUUGUCUCCGAUUAGAGCCGGGAGGGGAGACCAUCCGAUGUCUGUUCAACUGCGACAACACUCCCGUCAACUUCAAGGACAAGCCUUUCUAUAAUGUUUUGGCCAAUGAUUUAGCCGUUAAUGUCUUGAAAGACGGACACGCUGGACUCAACUUUAAAGACGUUAUGUUUGCCACCGGUCGCAUAGCGUCAGGUCCGCUCAGUUUGUUCACCGACUGUCUGAUCGGUAUUGAGUUCGCCGGCCGUCGAAGAGACACCGGAGAGCGUGUCUGUGGUUUCGAUAUGAGUCGAUGCUUUGCCACAUCAGUGGAUGCUAUGGAACAGUGCAUUACAACCAUUCCCGACAACUGGUCGAUGGACGACGCCGUCACCAUUCUCUGCACAUACAGUACCCUAUGGUAUGGUCUCAUAGAAAGGGCACACAUUCGCAAAGGCGAUUCAAUUCUUAUCCACUCAGCCGCGGGUGGUAUAGGACAGGCAGCCAUCACUAUUUGCCAGAAUUAUGAUAUGGAUAUCUUCGCGACUGUCGGUACCGAAGAUAAGAAGAAGUUCUUAAUGACUGAAUACAAUAUUCCUGAGAACAGAAUAUUCAGUUCAAGAGAUAUUCAGUUUAAGUUCAGAAUUAAGGCAUUGACUAAAGGAAAGGGAGUCGACGUUGUCUUGAAUUCGUUGACAGGAGACAAACUUGAGGCCAGUUAUGAAUGCGUUGCGGAUUGCGGUCGGUUUGUAGAGAUCGGCAAAUAUGACCUCCAAAUGAACAAACAGUUGGGAAUGUUUUCAUUCCUCAGAGAUAUCUCUUUCAUCGGAGUAUCUGCUGAUAGGAAGCUGUUUAUGGAUAAGGACUUCAUCGACAGAUUCUUCGAUUGGAUGCAUAAGAACUGCAACAACGGAAUGAUUAAACCGUUGAAUAAGAAUAUAUUCAAAGCGGAAGAGGCGGAGAAGGCGUUCCGAUACAUGACAACCGGUAAACAUAUGGGAAAAAUUGUGCUCAAAAUGAGAGAAGAGGAGAACAUGAAGAUUGUGGUGAAUGGUUAUACACCGGCGCCCACUCUUAAGACCACCACUAAGACAUACUUCAACGCAAACAAAGUCUAUAUAAUAACAGGAGGUUUGGGUGGUUUUGGCAUUGAAUUGCUUCACUGGAUGCUGCACUUAGGCGCCCGAAAGUUUGUACUCACCUCUAGGAAAGGCGUGAAGACGGCGUACCAGAAGUAUAUCGUCGACCGAUUGAAGUCGUUUGGCGUCAAUCUGCAGAUGUUUAGGUCAGACAUCGUUGUGUCCACUCAUAACUCAAACACCAUUGAAGGCGCUAAAGGUCUUAUGGCUGAGGCCUCCAAAUUAGGUCCAAUCGGCGGUGUCUUUCAUUUGGCUCUCGUUCUCAAUGACUGUCUUCUAGAGAACCAAACCUUUGAUAAAUUCCAGGAAACUAUUGAUUCAAAGACUAAGAUAUUUGAGAAUUUGGAUAAAAUCACUCGAGAGUCGAAAUUGAAUCUGGAUUACUUUGUGGUGUUUUCAUCGGUAACGUGUGGUAAGGGUAAUGCGGGUCAAGCCAACUAUGGUUACGCCAACUCUGUCUGCGAACGCGUCUGUGAACUCAGGAAAAAGGAUGGCCUCAACGGUCUGGCCAUCCAAUGGGGACCUGUGGGUGAUGUGGGCGUUAUAGCCGACACUGAGAUGAGUGCGUUGUCCGGAAUUGUCAAACAGAGGAUCAACUCAUGUUUGGAUACUUUGGAUAAAUUGCUUCAAUCACAGAAACCUGUGAGAGCGAAACGAUUGACUCAAAGCGGUACUAAAGAGUCGCGAAUUGUGAGUCAGAUUUGGUGUGCGUUGGGUAUCGACCCCAAGACAACGCCCGAUCACUUGACUCUGGGAGAGAUCGGUAUGGAGUCUAUGUUUGCGGUGGAACUACAGCAGGGAUUGGAAAGGGAUUACGACAUCAAAGUGUCGUUGACUGACAUCAAGAACGUGACCAUAAGAAUGAUGAAAGACUUCGAGAACGGAAAGAUCGAUGAGUUGAGAGUAUUUGCCGACGACUUGAAAUCGUGUCGAAACAAAUUGAGCAAGAUUAAGUUCAUUAUACCUACCGAUGCGUUCACUAAACUCAAUAGCGGAAAGACAGGAAAACCUAUAUAUUUCUUGCCUCCACUCGAAGGCAUAUUCGCAUCUCUGGAAGCGUUGGCCGAGAAGAUGGACAGACCUGUCAUUGGUCUCAAUUGGAUCAAAGACAUGGAGAACAUGGGUUCGCUGAAGGAGAUCAGCAAAUAUUAUAUCGAUUUAUUGAAAGCCAUUCACCCGAAAGGCGAUUACGAUAUCGUCGGCCACUUUUACGGCGCUCUCAUAGCUAUGCAAAUGCUUAAGAAGAAGGCGCCCAUCGGUAAGGCCGUCAUCAUUGAUAUGCUCUCCGACAUCAAGAUUGAUGAGGACAUGAUGUCUGACGACUACUUACUGGAACUGAUUAUCACAUUCAUUGCCAAAGAUUUGCCAAAAGUAGUAAAGGAUAAGAUCAGGCGAGACGUGGCCCUCAAACCGGACCCCAACUCGAAACUCAUCAAAAUCAGUGAUGAGUUGAAGGACUUUGUGGGCAAAUCGCUGGUCAGCCGCGACUUAGAGGACAUUCUCAUCAAUUCAUUCAAAAGAGCGAAACUCUUCUCGACCUAUCGGUUCAAUAUGAAGAAUAAGUUCAAGAAAAUCAAGAUAGAAAUCGGACGCAAAUAUCUCGAAAUGAAUGGCAAACUAUUGAUCAUUAAAUUGUUUGAAUUCGGAAAUACGAAAGUGUCUGAAGUGGACCAGGACAUGUCCGAACGCAUCAAAAAUGCCUACUUCCUCCCAGAGAAGGGACUGGAGGGUAAACUCAACUUCGAGACCAUUGACGCCAAUCCGGAGUCCAUAUCACUGAAUGCUUUUGAAAAGAUAUCGUUUUCUAUGAACGAGUUUUUGAGUAAAAAAUAAUUUCUUAACUCUUUUGCCG